ACAAUGAAGCAGGUGAACGAUUGGCUCUUGUGAUUGGCUCCAAUCUGCGUCAGCACCAGGAAGUUUACAUUUGGCUGCCACUACAUGCACGAUGGAAAGCUUAGCUGUUGGUCUUUAAAAGAGCAACAUGGGUAACACAGAGAGUGUGGUCAUGCAGAAGCGGCUGGCCCGCUUCCGCCCUGAAGAGCGGCCUGUGGUUGAGGGGGUUUUCGAUAGGCUCCAGGGUGGUGCUGGGGGCCCUUCAGGAGCUCAGGGGAAAACACCAGCGGGGAAGACUCUAACGCUUGAGAUGCUGCAGUCUUCAAUGGGCAGCCUGGCCCCAGACUCCAUGGUGAGAAGGGUCUACCGGUGCAUGUGUCAAAUCGACCCUGGACCGGCAGCACCUGCAGUUUCUGGGAAGACCAGAACCUCUGCUGUCUCUGGGGUAGGUCGAGAGCAAUUGGUCAUCUUCCUAGCAGACACCCUGCGAGGCACUGCAGAAGAACGGGCUCCUCUCGCCAUGGCCAUGUCCCAGAAUGGAGUGGAAGAAGCAGCAGCGGUUGUCACAUGUGAACAGGUAGCUGAGUUCCUACAGGACCUGAUUUCUGCUGUAGUUCAGAUUCUUCUCAGCAGAGGGCGUCUGCAGGGCUGGAAACCAGAGAGAAUGGGUGAUUGCUCCCUGGGUGUGAAACUCCUGGCAGAGCAGAUGUGUUCUGAACUCAAACCCUCAGAUCAGGGAGGUUGUGAUGUUGCCUGUCUGGAGGACUGGAUCUUCAGGGUCUCCCAGGUAUCGUUGUACUUGGAGAUGCUGGUAGCUGAGGGCCUAAAUGUGUCCCUGAGUGGCCGGUGGGCCUCCACCCUGCUGCCCCCCUGCAGGGAGACGCCCUGGAAAGAGCUGAGGUGUCUACUGGACCUUCCCACCCUCAUGUUUCUGACACCACAGUUGCCAGACAGCUACAGUGCCCCCUGGAGACUUGUGUUUUCCACACGGCUGCAUGGGGAGAGCUUCACCAGGAUGGUGGCCGGCCUGACCAAGCGUGGGCCCACCCUGCUGCUCAUUAAAGACACAAAGGGACAUGUGUUUGGGGGCUUUGCCUCCCACGCCUGGGAGGUCAAACCUCAGUUCCAGGGAGACUCCAGAUGCUUCCUGUUCACUGUGUUCCCCAGACUGAGAGUUUAUACAGCAACAGGAUACAACCAACAUUUCAUGUACCUCAACCAGAACCAGCAGACCAUGCCCAACGGACUGGGUAUGGGCGGUCAGCAUGGCUACUUUGGCCUAUGGCUGGACAGUGAUUUUGGCCGUGGUCAUAGCCGCGCACGGCCCAAGUGCACCACCUACGGCAGCCCUCAACUCUCUGGAGAGGAGGACUUCACCCUGGACUCAAUGGAAGUGUGGGCGGUCGGAAAACCCCCAGAACCAGAGGGCGAGGAGGGAGAGGCCAAGAAAAGUAUCCUGGAUGUGGAUCCGGAGAUCCAGGCCAUGAUGGAGAUGGCAGGGAAGACUAUGCACAGUCAAGGCUUCAGGGAGCCGGAGGAGGACCAGGAGCAGUGAGGGGCAACUGGGCGAUAGACAAAAACAAUCUCACCACCUGGCACUGACACAAGUCUUUACAAGACUUUAAGACUUGUCUUCAAUAUGUUAAAGACAGCGUUAACUGUGGAAGAUGUUAUCAAAACAUAAACCGAGUAACAAAGCUUAACUAGGUCAAAAGGCAGCUGAUAUGUAAAAUCUGAUCUUACCCUUUCACACACAACUGAUGGCCGAUAGUGUGCUUCAAGCCAGCUUUCAUCUUCAGUAUGAAGGGGACUGUCGUGGAAAUUAUAUUCCAAUUUGUCAUGGCUGUGUUGUUUUUUCUACCAAGAUACACUGGUAUUUCAAUGAAUAUUUUAGAAAUAUCACAAGAGAGAGAAGAGGCAGCAGAAUUAGUGUCUUCACCAGAAGUAGCCUCAGUCAGCCAGAAUGCAUCGAUAUAUCUAGCACUACCUGAAGUAUUAGGUUGAAGAAAGGGAGCACAACAAAACAAUAAGUUACACCAUUAAUAAUUGUGUAUAGUAAAAUAUGUACAAAAUGCUUGCUAUUUUCCUGAAGGUCUGGGUUUGAAGUAGAUCGUCAACCCAUUUUAAUAAAAGUAUAAGUGAA